AUGAAAAAAACUAAAAGUAAGAGGGACAUAAAGAUAAAUUCCAAAAAGAUUAGAAAGAUAAAAAAAACUUAAAAGAAUAUUAAAUAAAAAGGAGAAAAAUACACAUUAUUGCCAAAAGAGAAAAUAAAUGGGGCUGCUGAAAUAAGUGAAUUUGAUGAUGGCUCUUUUUCAGUAGGACUGCAUGAAUCUGGUGACUAUAGUUAAAUUAAUGACUAUGGUAAUUGUGAUAAGAAUAUAAAUAAGGUAUGGAAGUACAAGAGCAAAAGGAUUAUGAAGGUGCCAUUUUAUAUUUCAACAAAGCAAUAGAAUUAGCUCCAGAAAAAGAUUAAGCUUAUUAUUUGAAAAGUAAUUCACAUCAGCUAUCAAUUAGGUGUUUCAUUAAAUAAAUUAAAUCAAUUAGAAAAGGCAUUAAAAUAUAAAAAAAAAGCCUUAGAGAUAGAUCCUAUUAAUAAAAAAUCUAUAGAUUUAUAAAGUAUAAUCAUACAUAAUUGAAAAGGUAAAAUCUUAAAAUAAUUGAAACGUUAAAGGAAAUACAUUUAAGAAGAUGAUAAAAUAUAGAAUUAAAAUGAAAAUUUAGAAAAGGCUUUUUUAAGAAAAGGAAUUACAUUAUUGGAAGAUAAACAAUUUAAAGAAUCAAUCUCUUUUUUUGAUAAGGUUAUUAAAUUAAAUCCAAAAAAUGAAGAAGCUCUUGAAUAUAAAAGUAUUAAAAUAAUUGAUUUUAGUAUAAGCAUUAUAUGAUUUAAAUCAAUAUGAAAAAUGCAUUAAAUUAGUAAAUAAGGCAAUCUAAUUAAAUCCAAAUAACAGUUAAUUCUACAACUUAUAAGGUAUAAAAAGCAUAUAUUGUAGGUUGUGCAUUAUCUGAAAUGAGUCUUAUUGAGAAGGCUUCAGCUUCAUUUUAAUAAGCUAUUGUCCUCAAUCCAAAUAAUGAAUCUGCAUAUUUUAAUCUAGGUAUACAACAAUUAAAAAAUAGCAAAUUUCUUACAUGAAUUAAAAUAAUUUAAAGAUUCUAUUUCAUAUUAUGAUCAAGCUAUUAAGCUCAAUCCAAAUAAUAGCAAAUAUUAUUUGAAAAAAGGUUAAAAGACAAUUAUUAAUUUGAAAAAGCUAUAGCGUGUUAUAAUUAAAUACUUAAUCUUGAUCCAGAUCGUUAUACUGAAGAGUUAUUACUCUUAAAUAAAGGUAACUUUAAACUGAAAUUUUUAGGUGCAUCAUUAGGUGCAAUAAACCGUUAUGAAGAGCAAUUAGCUUGUUAUGAAAAUAUGAUUCAAAUUAAUCCUAGCAAUGAUGAAGCUUAUUAUCUAAAAGGUAUAUUAUCAAAUAUAGAUAAGCUAAAACCCUAUUGCAUUUAAAUGGGUUUAGAAAAUCAUUAGAGUUCUUUGAAAAGGCCAUAGAAUUAAAUCCAUAACAUGUGUAUGCAAAAAACUGUAGAAGUAAUGUUAAAUAUAAAAAGAUAGAUUAUGUUCUAAAACAUUUAACACUAUUUUCAAAAUCUAAAAAUAGUUCUAAAAAGCUGAGUUCUUGUAAAAGUAAAAAGAAAAAAUGA